GGAACGACGGUUGUGAUCCCUCCGCUGGUGGUGACACGUAUCAUACAUAUAAUUUCAUAGAUAAAAAUAACAAAAAAAAAACAAACAAAGCUACUUCCCUACAUUCAUAAAUCGUGUCCAGCUUUCCGCAAUAUCGAACCAGUUCUUGCGAAAACAAUUGAGUUUAAAACGACUGUACGCAUCCAACAGUGAAAGUGUAGAUACCACAUCAGGAACUACAACUCGCUGCUGUUUCUGUGUGCUUGUGUGUGUCUGUGUUUUUUUCGCUUCAACUUUCGUAGAAAAGGCAUUAAAUCAAGAUGGUUUACAAUUUCAAAGUCUUCAAGAAGUGUGCCCCCAAUGGAAAAGUUACGCUGUACAUGGGCAAGCGUGACUUCGUAGACCACGUUGCCGGCGUUGAACCGAUCGAUGGCAUCGUCGUUCUGGACGACGAAUACAUCCGCGACAACCGGAAGGUGUUCGGCCAGGUGGUCUGCAGCUUCCGCUACGGCCGCGAAGAGGACGAGGUGAUGGGACUGAACUUCCAGAAGGAGCUUUGUCUCGCCUCGGAACAGAUUUACCCACGUCCGGAAAAGUCGGACAAGGAGCAAACGAAGCUGCAGGAACGGCUGCUGAAGAAGCUCGGCCCCAAUGCCAUCCCGUUCACGUUUAACGUGUCGCCGAAUGCCCCAUCAUCGGUGACGCUGCAGCAGGGCGAAGAUGACAAUGGCGAUCCAUGCGGUGUGUCGUACUACGUGAAGAUCUUUGCCGGUGACUCGGAAACUGAUCGUACGCACCGUCGCAGCACUGUCACGCUCGGCAUUCGCAAGAUCCAGUUCGCACCGACCAAGCAGGGCCAGCAGCCGUGCACUGUGGUGCGCAAGGACUUUAUGCUGAGCCCGGGCGAGCUCGAGCUGGAAGUUACGCUGGACAAGCAGCUGUAUCUGCACGGUGAGCGAAUAGGCGUUAACAUCUGCAUACGCAACAACUCUAACAAAAUGGUCAAGAAGAUCAAGGCGAUGGUGCAGCAGGGUGUGGAUGUGGUGCUGUUCCAGAACGGUAGCUACCGCAACACGGUGGCUUCGCUGGAGACGAGCGAGGGCUGCCCAAUCCAGCCCGGUUCCAGCCUGCAGAAGGUGAUGUAUCUAACGCCGCUGCUCUCUUCCAACAAGCAGAGACGUGGUGUGGCCCUGGACGGCCAGAUUAAGCGUCAGGAACAAUGUCUAGCUUCGACUACACUCUUGGCUCAACCGGACCAGCGUGAUGCGUUUGGCAUUAUCAUUUCGUACGCCGUCAAGGUGAAACUUUUCCUGGGUGCGCUCGGAGGAGAACUAGCGGCCGAGCUUCCGUUUGUGCUGAUGCACCCGAAGCCCGGUACCAAGGCUAAGAUCAUUCAUGCCGACAGCCAGGCCGAUGUAGAAACCUUCCGACAGGAUACGGUCGAUCAGCAGGCUUCGGUAGACUUUGAUUAAUUGCAAUUCUGCUUGGAGAGGCUAGGAACUCUGGCAUGGACUACGACGAAGAACCACUAAGCAUCUUCACAAAUCAACAUAAACACACUAAAAAUUGAACAUUCUCAUACAACCGAACGCAAACGACCUACGACGAAACGAUCGAUCUCACUUCCCCGUCUUUUUCAACCUGAGCAAUAGAAUGAUGGCAGAGGGCGAGAAAGAUGCAGAGAAUGCAACGAAACAACAAAAUCGAAGACGGACACAUCCGAGGAGUCCAUUGUUUCGGUAGAGAACUGCAGGGGAGGGACAAGCAACCCAACCAGACGCUUUUCCUCCCUGACGAUGUACCUUACAAAAUUUACUAUUUAGACAACGUCUUCGCCGUCUUAAAACAUUCGGUAACUUUGGUAUAAUUUUCAUAGAAUCCUUCUGAACGUAAGGACACUAUUGAAAUUAGCUGUUUUCUUAUAUGCGACCGAUUGCAACGGCGUGGCAGCAAAACCGUCUACCAUGUACACACCGAAAACAUCUCAUACGAUUGAAUAAAACAAAAACGAAAAGAACAACAUACUGAUUGGUUGAAAACAAAUGUUCAAUGCGAUUUCGUUCAUUUUCCGUGCCCAAUAAAAUCACGACA